ACGAAAAUGAAAGACGCUGUCGACCCUUGCCAAAAACAGGCAUGUGCCAUUCAAAAAUGCCUGCAAGGUAAACCAAUAUAUGAUUUUUAAUAGUCAACGUGCUGCUUGUGCAGGCAUAUGCUCGCCAAAAUAAGGUUAACGAAAGAUGUGGUAUAUGGAUACCCCUUCGGAGCAAGCCACUGUGGGUUUUCGAUCGAUCGCAACAUCGCUUUGGAUGACUCGAUUUCGCGCCUCCAUUGCACGCAUCCUAACUACACGCAUGUGAAUAAUAAACAGUGGUAGUAGCUAGACCGUUCCAUGCAAGCAUUUACCAACUGCGCAUGCUAGACUAAGACCAUGGUCCGCUUGUAUAGGCUUGAAAAAGCUUUUCCAGCUCAAAACGUCCUACCGUCAGUACACAGGCGUGCCCGACUUCAAACCUGUGCGCCUUAACUCAUUUGUUGUUGGUUCUCUUUUGUUCCCGAAGCAAACAACUACAAAGAAGAAGCCUGCUCGUCCUUCAUCAAGGAGAUGUUGAAGUGUUGUGAGAAGUGGAAAACAAUGUCUGCUUGCUGCGCCGGGUUUCUGAAAGACGAGAAGUCGAAGUAGGUUGCAACCGUCGACGAGACAUCUUGGCGGGAUUUAGAAUUCGGGAGCGCUGGCCUUGGAAGUAUUUUCCAUCCGUCUGUGUUCCCCACGGUUCUUUUUUUCUACGGCCAUCACUUUUAGGCGCCACAAUGGUGCAGCAGUCGAGCAGGUUCAACGUGGGCAAAGUGAAGCUCUACCACCACCUCGUGUUUGCGGGGAUCAUACGCGCCGGGCUGAUCGUCGUCGGGGAAUGGCAAGACCAGAACCUGCAAGUCAAGUACACCGAUGUCGAUUACCACGUCUUCACCGAUGGCGCUGCGUACGUGGCCAAGGGGGAGUCGCCGUUCCUGAGGGAGACUUACCGGUACAGUCCCCUGCUGGCCAUGCUUCUUGUUCCGAACGUGCUUCUUCAUCCGGCCUUCGGAAAAGUCCUCUUCUCUGCAGUAGAUGUCCUGGUUGGCUACUACGCCUAUCACAUCGUGCGGACGGCCAAGUUCAGUGAACGCAAGGCUGUGCUUUGUGCCUGCCUGUGGCUCUACAACCCCAUUACUUUCGCCGUUUCCACACGUGGUAGCUCCGAUUCCAUCCUGGCACUCAUCGUCGUGUUCUCUCUCUUCGCCCUGCUCAAGAGCAGAGACACGGCUGCCGGCCUGGCUUAUGGUUUCUCGGUGCACCUCAAGAUGUACACAGUGGUUUAUGCGCUCCCCAUCUACUUGGCCCUUCAGACAAGACUGCCCUCUGGGUCUGCAGCAAAGGGAGAGUUGGAGAGCUGGCGCUCUUACUUGUCCCGGCUGCUGUUGCCCAACCGACGAAAGCUCAUCUUCCUUGGCUCCAGCGCAGCAUCCUUUUUCCUGCCAACCCUUCUGUGCUACCUGGCUUAUGGUCGAGAGUACAUCCAGGAGGUGUUCCUUUACCAUGUCUCCCGGAGGGAUGUCCGUCACAACUUCUCUCCUCUCUUCUACCCACUGUAUCUGGCCAACCAUAACACGUCCGACAGCAGUGGUGGCAACACAUUUGCUGCACUCUUGCCACAGCUUUUGCUGAUGUUGCUGAUGUCCUUCAAGUAUGGCCAGCUGAAUGACCUGCCUUUUGCCCUGUUCUGCGUCACAUUUGUGCUAGUGAGCUUCAACAAGGUGUGCACAUCACAGUACUUCCUGUGGUAUCUGUGUCUGCUGCCGUUGGUGUUGCCCAAGCUGGGUCUGAGCAUGAGGCGUGGUGUACUUCUGCUGCUCAUGUGGCUGGGAGGCCAGGCACUGUGGCUGGUGCAGGCAUAUUACCUCGAGUUUGGCGGCAAGCCUCUCUUCCUUCACGUCUGGGUGGCAGGCCUCAUGUUCCUUGUGGCCAACACUUUCAUCCUUUGCUUCAUGAUGGCCCACUACCAGAGCCACAUACCUAGAAGCAAGAAGGCCAAGAACAAGUGAAUGUACCGGUUUGAAUUUAGUUUGCUUUUUUUGUUGUUGUUGUUGGAGAGCAACCAAAACUGGAAUUGUGUCCCUCAACUGUAGUCAGCAGGCUCAUUUUUGUUCUUGACAGUAGCCACUCAGAACUACAAAUGCAGCAUAGUCCACCAGAGAUGGCUCUGUCUUCAAACCUGCAGUAGUGUGUGUAGCAGAUGGAAGGUACACACUGGCCUGUCAAGCAGCAGUUUAUGCCUGUGUAUGUGAAAUUACAAUCUUUUGAACUUUGGCACGGCAUUUUUGCGUGGUAAAGCUAGCGAAUUUGUAAAUAGAGGUGAUGCAUGUCAAGCACAAUAAGAAUGUGCAGUGCACAUGAGGGUUUUUGGUGUCGUGAGCAAAGCUUUGUGCCCUGUAUGUUUCACAGAACCCCUGCAUAUGCACCACAGAUGGAACACUGAGCUUUGUCACCCCGUUUUGGAAGGCUGGGUAGCACUAAAUGUAAAUCUAGUAGAUGGGGCAACAGGAAAGCAAUGCAGCUACCUUGGACGUACCAUCAUGGAACUUUGCUAUAAGCUAUCUGACAUUAUUUUGUAGGCCAGAAAGGUCACAAUUUGUCUCGCGAGUUGCUCAACGUCAUACGCAGCUUGUCGGAGCUAGUCUUGAACUGAGCACAGAAAUUUUACUGAUGCUAAAGUGCAGAAGCUUGUCAGUCACUGACUACUCAAAAGUAAAGUAUGCCAUUAUUUAAGGGCCACAGACAAAUGCCUGUGUACAUAGCUGCCCACGAAGAUAUGACAAUACACAAUGUGUUAGGAGACCAUGCAAGUUGAUGGUUACCAUAGAAACUAUUGCCAGCGAGUGUAAAGCCUGUGCGACAAAACACUGUAGAUGUCUCCCACAUGUACAUGUACACUGUAGUAUGUACUCGUAAUGAUGCAGAAAACAUAUUGUACAUAUAAUACCACCAUCUGAACAUCUGCCUAUGUAUCCGUUAAGCUGAUUUUUUCACGACACUUUCACUGGUAGUGACCAGUGAAAGCGUAGUGACCAAGUCAUGGGGCAAGCUAAAUCGCUUGUUGGCCGAUCUGUGUGCUUGUUCUCAUAGUGACAGUCUGAACCCUUAAAACCAAAUUUAUUUUGCAUGGCCUUUAGAUAAACUUCUAUAUUUUUGUCAAAAAUUAGUGCCACUCUACGUAAGCAAUGCCUUCAGCCAGAUAUGUAAUAAUUUUACUUUAGGCACCCAGCACAGGAGCGUAUUUGCAAGUGACCAUCAUCUGGGGAAGCUACUUGUAGCCAUAGAAAGCACAAACAAUCAGUAGUUUUGAUGUAGCAUCUGUACACAGCCAAGUUCUUUUGACAGUUUAAUUUCUACUGACAGCAAAGAACAUGCGAAUUUUAGAGUACCUUUUGUUUGGCUAGCUUAGUGUGCUCAGUGAUCUACACAUUCAUUCAUGAAUUCUAAGCACACCUUUACCCCCCUCUAAAUCACAAGCUUCGCUUGUUUAGGUGAAUAUAAGUAUUUUAUUUAAGGACUCUGCAAUGGAAGUUAUGUGAAGGAGAGAGAUUAAUGUCUUUAAUGACCUGAACUCCCUACUCACAAACAGCCCUCAAACUGAAUUUCUUUCUCAACUCCAUCUACUGUAGGACAGGGCAGCUCCUUGACUGAAACAGUCUGUACUUCAGUAAUAUUCUUCAGCUAUUCCUGAAACAAAGAAUCGAUUGGAAUACAUCUCCAUUCCUGUGUUCUCAAGUAGAAGAGCAGGUGUUAGGAGUGCCCAGUUACAAGAUUUUGCUUGUAAGACUGAGCAUCAAUAUUGUAUCUGUUGAAGCACAAUAAUCACUUUAGUCUGCCAAGCAGAAGAACUUGUAAGAAUGCAAGGCUGGAAAUGUUGUGGGACAUUUGCAGGUCUAUCAUUAAAAUGGGGUGGGUAUAUCAAAGUCAGACAGUGAAAUCUUUCAAUGCCUAUUCUUCAAUCACGGUAAUAUGGUAUACUGUGAAGGAAGUAUAGAAGAUUUCAGACAGGCACAUGCAAAGGGCAAUGUGUUUUUUUUUUUCCUUCAAUUAGGAUUAAGGAGAUAAUAAAGAUAAAAAUAGGUUGAGCUGUAUUUGUAAUUACCCUUCUACAAUACGAAAAAAGCCACCCUCACUAUGGGAGGAGGCUUAAUAAGCCAUGAAGGAUGCAAAAACGAAAGACUGGCCAGUGACGCAUUCCUUCAAGUUUCCACACCAGCUUGCCAUGAUGUAUUUUGACUGCGUCUACCUGGGCCUUGUUAAUUUUUAUCAGAAGGAAUGCGUUUUAUUCUAAAGGAACCAGAGCCUGAACUUGGAGAUUUCCUAUUAUUGAGCUGCGCCAGUCGAAAUAUGAGAAAAUAUUUUACAAUCUGGUGGUGUCACACUGAAGUACAGGCACUAGAGUUUCGACGAGAAAUGAGAAAAAAUGGAACUUUGACCUUCAUUUGCUCCUCUAAUACUCAACCUAUUACCACAAAAUUAGCUAUGAGGGAGUUUUUAAGGGAUAUUAGUCUAUGCUAAACUGAUCAAAUGUUUCUUUUUGGCAUCCUUCUAAGUAUCAGUGGUAUUCUCAGCAGUUUUUGAAGAGCAUGCCUGAUGCACAACCUAAGUCUAGAAAAUUAAAAAAAAUGUCAUUUCUUGCUUUUUGCAAGAUGGUAAUCAAAAUCAGAUUUCUAAAGAUCCUGGCACCAGAGUUUAUUGAUGUACGGUGCACCUUCUUUUAUCACAAAUGCUGUUAAUUGCAAAAUAGCUUCCUUCUCAACAAAAUAUCAAAUUCCUCAUGGACGUUAGAUGUAAGGAAACUUACUCCCUGCUCUUUUAAAAGAACAACUCCAUAAAGAGAUUCAUGUUAGAACUUUUAAUGUUUGUGAAAUUACCAAAACGCCCCCUUCUGAACAUGAUAGGUCCUGGACUUGUUGCAGUGGAGCCCCAUCGUGAUGGCUACUUAAGAGUUACCUGGGUAUUUUUGGGCUGUCUUAUCCUGUAACAAAACGGUAAUUUCUCUUUUGCGUAAAAUGUAAGCUGCAGGUGCAACAAGCACGACAUGCAUAGCCAUUUCGAUAGGCCCUCUCCACACUCGUCCUAGUCUUCUUUUAAAUGUAACUUUAUUUUCUUUAUUCCCCCCCUCCCCCUUUUUUCUUUCCUUGUGUCCAGCCAGUUCACAAGUUUUAUGUAUAACUUGUAUGAUCUCAAUUCAACCAAUAUGGCAUGUGUAGCCAUUUUGACGCUCGCCUCUCGUGCACUUCCUAGUCAUUUAAACGUGUUCCUAUGGGUGGGCAGCGCAACCUGCAUGAAGGACAAAAGGAAGUACACUAUACGAGCGCAGACUAACAACUGGUUUAUUUUUUUAAACAAGGGAAUAAAAUAUACAGAAAAUAUAAACACGUGUUGUCUUUAGAACAUGAUUUUUUUUUUCUUGUGUCGAGCCAUUCACAUAUUUUAUUUAUAACUUCUAAAAUCUCACAGGGCACUUUCUAGUUUAAACCAUCUACAUGUGGCAAAAUGUAAAAGCACGUGCAUUGUAAAUGAUCCCAAGUCAUGUGAAGGGCUGAAAUGGUGACUCGGGUGGUUGUUGAGAUAAGUGAGACUUCUGUUACAGUAGCUGCAUGAGCAAACAUGGAGAACAGUACUUUCCACUGGCCCAUUGCUGAAUGGCAUAAAGUUUCUGACAAAAGUUGCCAUAUGGAAAUGCAGCGCUAAUGCUUGUGGGAGCUCCCAACGUUGCUGAAGUUCUGAUAGGCUGGGCUGGGAUACGUGUGAGCAGGAGACAGGCGCCCCCAGCCAAUCAGCACUUAAGCAGCCAAUGAAAUAGACAUGUCCACUAGGUGGACACUUACAGAGUACCCCCCCCCCCCCCCCCCUACCCCCAGGUUCAAGACUGUUAACAAGCUUAUGCAUUUAAUUCUGCAGGCCAGAAGAGCGUGCAUUUCUGCACCCUAGACUCCAAAUCUGCAGCUUGGACUGCUGAGCAUAAAUGCUGUGGUACUUAACGUUGGGUUAAGAGGUUCGAGCACUCGGAAGCAAACGAAGUGCUAUAAUAUGACAGUGUAGUCUGAAGUGGAAUCUGCACUGGCUUGCUGGAAAACUUUUCUCAAGUUCCAAAGGAUUGUGGUUAGGUGAGCUACUCACUUUCUUCACAACUGUAGCUGCGUCAAUUUUUCACUAUGGCACAGAAUGUACCAUUAGCACAAGUUGAAUCGCGAACAAGAAAUAUCUGAUCGUAAUGCCCGUUAAACGCAACUACAUGUAAAUGCCACAUGUAAUUAUUGUGUAGCCAGCUUCUAAGUGUGAAGUAGUCCCAAGUGUAUGUUUUGGAGUCUGAAUUAAGGCACUUCUGCAAAUGCAGGUGUACCUGGAAGCGGAAUAAUGCAUUGUGGUAGUUUCAGAAUCACUCAUGUUUGAAUUUAUGCUGAUAGUACCGAAGGCCAUACAUUCAUAUUAUCGUGCUUCAUUUAUUGCUCAUGAAAGAGUUGGCAUCUUGUCCUUGCAUUGUCGUUUUCUUUCUUGUAGUAGUUUUCUUAAUUAAAAAUACUUUUAUAUAUACAUGUGUCCCAAGUGUCACCAUUUGACUUAUGUUUACAGAAUUUCCGGCUUAGGAUAUGACGAAAUGUAGUUAUCAUUACAGCUAAAAUACUGUCCAGAUUUAGGAGUGUUCAUUGCUAAACAAUUGUUACUUAAGCAAUCUAGUCCUGAAAGUUGGAUAUGCGAUUUCUGCACAGGUAUGCCAUCUGUUAGAAGACAGCAGAUAUUCUGGCUUAAAAAUUAAGGAAUAAAAUGCAGUCAGAACUGCUGGAAGCUCGCCACAUCACCUACAAGAUUUACAGCCUCAGGAAAAUUUUCUAUGCUACAAGCUGCUGUUGUCACAACACAGAAUUGUUUAUGCGGUAUCUUGGCUCAAUGCAAUAACAAAUAGUUCUGGGGGGGUAUUCUGUAAGAGUCCACCUAGUGGACUGUCCAUUUCGGCCGCUGCUGAUUGGAUGCAGCUGUACGAGAGAGGAGGAGACGAGUGGCCCUAACCAAUCAGCAGCGGCCGAAAUGGACAGUCCACUAGGUGGACUCUUACAGAAUACCCCCCCUGGCCCCACCAGCCCAAGCCAAUUUGACCUAUUGCGGAAGGCUAAUGGCAGAUUUGGGAUAAAAAUAGAUCGGAAUAGUUUUGUUACCUCGGUCCUUCAGUAAUUCACGUGGAAGCAACUAAUUUGCCACUUUCAGUGCACCAAUUAUCACAAUAGCUUUUUUGUUACCUGUAAUAGUUAGCCAUGUCAUUUGCGAGUGGUUUGCUUCCCUUCAUUGCCAUGGUGGCUAACAGUUGCAGUGUUGCGCUGCCAUGAGCAGUUUUCGUGUGAAUGUGUGCUUAAAUACAGUAAGCUAAUUUGGUCCUGCGAAGAGUCUGUUAUGUUGAUGCAACUAGCACACCUCGCAGCAGAACCAGCUCAGUUUGUGUUUUCUGCAGCAUUUUAGUGAUCCUGUCCCAUUGAGAGAGAACUUGCAGAAAGGCAGAGAUGUCAGUCUGAUCUAGUGCACUGUAGCCUGCUGCUCUAUGUUGGGGGAAAUGGGAAACAGAAGUGACGAUGACACAGAUGCACGUAUUACGCAACCAAAGAGGCAGUGCUGCAAGCUUCGAGUCCACUACAUUGUCGUGUAUGAAGUCCAAGAUCGCCCUCGGCAGCUGUGCUGCUGCACAUUUUGUGUGAUGUGAACAUUCUGUUGUUUGUACUUAGUGUUUAUUGUGAGGAAUUAAGUGUUUAUUGUUUGCCUUGGCGUGCAAAAGUAGUGGAGAGGAAUGCAGGUGGCUAGUAGUUUCUUUUAAGCGCUUGUAUGAUGCAAUGCAAAGAAGAGAAAAAAAGCAACAUCUAACUAUAGAUGCUGAAUUUCAGAAAGUGGCUGUGCCUUUGAAAAGGCACGUCUGCUUGGAGGUAAGAGCCAGACAGACACAAGCACCGUACUAGAGUGUGAAGUUAGGCUAGUUGGUUUGUUGUCAGUCUGUUGGGUAACAGUUCAGAUGUGACAAGAGAGAGAGUGCACACAUCCUCUCCACUAUCCAUGCUGAUGACCAUUGCACUUCAUACCCAGCAGUCGUGGUGAGAUUUCCACCAUAUUUUUCUCCAUAGUGCACUAUCUACACUCUGUAGACAAGGAUGGUCUGCUCUGUACAUUGUAAAUAUCCUAGUCAGCUGAGAAACACCCUUUGGUUUUCAUUCGUAACUGCUUUCCUUCAGGGCAAACAUCAAUCUGUAGCUUAUCAAUUUCUGUAUGGCCCUUUUGUAUGCACUUCCUGGUUGUAUUAUCAAAUAUGGCUAUCUAUGGUCAAAUGAAGCUAUUUUUGUGAUUCUUCUCCAAUAUGCACCCUCUUGUUCUUGUGUGACUGUCCAUCAUUUCAGAGAUGCAAAUCUAUUGUUCUGCUCCUGAAAUGGCCCAAAACACCCAAUUAAGGAUUGUUUGUUAAUGUAUUGUUUACACAUUUUCUUGCAUUGACAUGUGCAUCCCUUUAAAAGGGAAAUAAAGAGGCAAAACAAAA